UGUCUGGGUUAUAUAAUUUGUGGAUCAUCAAUUCUACUGGGCAAUGCCACAGCGAUUCAAACUACUUUCACUUAUUUAUAUUUCCACUGACAAGAGAUAUGGAUUCAGACACCCUGCAAGCCUUCCAGAAUGAGCUCAUUUGCUCCAUUUGCAUGAACUACUUCAAGACCCGGUCACCCAUCGACUGUGGGCACAGCUUUUGCAGGCCCUGCCUCUGCCUCUGCUGGGAAGAAGGCAGAGCACCAAUGAGCUGCCCUGAGUGCAGAAAAAUCUCAGCGAAGUCCGACUUCAACACCAAUGCGGCACUCAAAAAACUGGCUUCCCUAGCCAGACAGACCAGACCUCAGAACAUCAACAACUCACACAAUAUCUGUGUGCUCCAUGAGGAGACUAAGGAGCUCUUCUGUGAGGUUGACAAGAGAUUGCUCUGUGGGCCCUGCUCUGAGUCACCAGAGCACAUGGCUCACAGCCACAGUCCAAUAGGAUGGGCUGCUGAGGAAUGCAGGGAGAAACUUACAAAAGAAAUGGACUAUUUAUGGAAAACCAAUCAAGAGACACAAAAUAAUCUAAAUCAGGAAACUAGCAAAUUUCAUUCGUUAGUGGACUAUGUCUCUUUAAGGAAGGUGAUAAUCACUAUUCAAUAUCAAAAGAUGCAUCUACUUCUCGAUGAGGAGGAGCAACUGCAUCUGCAGGCACUGGAAAGAGAAGCAAAAGAGCUUUUCCAACAACUACAAGACAGUCAAGUGAGAAUGACCCAACAUUUAGAAAGGAUGAAAGACAUGUACAGAGAGCUGUGGGAGAUGUGCCACAUGCCUGACGUGGACCUGCUCCAGGAUAUGAGAAAUGUAUCGGCAAGGGCUGAUUUGGCACAGAUGCAAAAGCCCCAGCCAGUGAACCUGGAGCUCCCUUCAUGGAGCAUAACUGGAGUCCUAGACAUGCUCAACAACUUCAGAGCCUUUCUGCAAGGAUGUGAGGACGUGUGGAUUAUGUUGGAACGACCCAUCCGCAGUGCACCCCAUGGUCCCAGGAGUGGAGAAGCUUGCUGCUGUGGGAGCUGCAGCCGUUUCAGCCUCCGCAGCAUUACUGAAGUGGAUGUAACCCACCUCCCUCCCACCCGUGAUCUCUGGGAGUCUGUCCGAGAUUCCAGACAGCAGAUAGCAGUAUCGUAUUGA